CCUGAGGCACAGUUUAAGCUCUCCCGGCCUCCCUUUCCCCACACACCUCAGCACCAUGGAGUUCGACCUGUCUGCAGCCCUGGGCUCCACUUCCAACAAGCCAGCAGGGGCAGGCCAGGUGGUAGACCCCAAGUCCUGUCCCCACAAAGCUCAGGGCGGGCCAAAGGCAGGCGCCGCUCAGCACCCGAAGCAACGCCACGGGAGCUCCUCGGACUCCAGCAGCAGCAGCAGCAGCUCCAGCGAGGCGGAGUCAGAGGGGAAGGCCGCCGGCUGCGAGCAGCGCAAGCCCUGCCCGGACAAGGCCAAGAAGCCCAAGAAGAAGGAGAAGAAGGGGAAGAAGGAGAAGGCCCCCCAUUGACGGCAGGCGGGCGGGGCCAUU